GCGCGCUGUCAAUCAAACUAAAUCUGUCGAGAUGGUCAUGGCGGAGGGCACAGCUGUUCUGAGGAGGAAUAGACCAGGCACUAAGGCGAAGACUGCCACUGAGCAGUGGAUCUUUCUGUGUGCUGCCCAUAAAACUCCCAAAGAGUGCCCUGCCAUUGACUACACAAGGCACACUCUCGAUGGGGCUGCUUGUCUUCUCAACAGCAACAAGUAUUUUCCCAGCCGCGUCAGCAUUAAAGACUCAUCUGUGGCCAAACUGGGCUCGGUUUGCCGUCGCAUCUAUAGGAUUUUCUCCCAUGCUUACUUUCACCACCGCCAGAUUUUUGACAAGUAUGAGGUAAGCAAGAUA